UAAUCUAGUAACCUGUGGUUUAAGAAAAUAAAAUCAUUAAAUGUUAUUAUGUGAUUAUUGAAAUAUAAACCCAAACAAUUUACAUAAUAAUUAUUAAAGUGAUAACUGUGUUUAUUAUUUGUUGAAAAUGAUAAUGUAACGUAUAGAAAGAAGACGUUAAGUCCAGCUGUUUCGUAGAGGUCGAUGAAUAAUGUUUUGAAUGAUUUAGGUACAAGAUUCGAAUUUGAUUAAUUUUAUUGUUAUUACUGUUAUCGCGAUGGGAUGUUUUUAUAGCAAAAAGGAAAUUUCUGAUUUGCAUCCAAACAUAUUUCGGGUUGUUAAUAUUGAUGAAGAUGGCACAGACCUGUGUUCCGGUCAGUUAGAAAUAACAGAUUCAGAUAUCAUUCUUUAUAGAGAAGGCAGAGACUCAACAGUAUGGCCACUACAUUCUUUACGAAGAUAUGGCUUUGAAGGAGAUUUAUUUAGUUUUGAGUCAGGACGGAGGUGUGAAACAGGUGAAGGAAUAUAUGCAUUUAGAUGUCGAAGAGCAUCUGUGCUCUUUAGAACACUGCAACAACAAAUCCAAUUACUGAAUGUUGUCCAUGAUUCAGUGUCAUAUCCAGUAUCAAGAAUCAAUCCAACUCCUCAAAGCAGACAAACACUUCAAGCUAGUGUGGUACACAGAUCUUCAGUGGAUAAUGGGCAACCAGAUACAGUUUUGAACAAUAAUCCUAUUUUGCCUGCAUUGCCACGUAAUCCAACGCCCAGGUCUCCAUCUAGUGCUGAUAUAUUAGAGGUAAUUCAACCAUUGAAUGGACGUACCCAAACAAGUACUCAUGCUACUAAUAUUUACCAAGUAAGAAAUUUUAAAAGGGAACACAAUAACAAUCAGUCUGAACUUAGAGAUGGGCGACAUAUGUAUUCUAAUGAACUUAAUAGGGACUUGGCAAUGCUUAGAAAAACCUUACGACGUGAAAUGGCUUUAAUUGCCAUCAGAGACAUUGAGGAUGAGACACAGUUUCUUAAAGGUUACCUACCUAUGGAAAAUGAAGGAGGGCCAUCAAAUGAAAUGACAAAUGAUACAGCCCAAAAGUCACUAGAAGGUGAUAAAUUGCAUGCUGAUCCUGCCAUAAAGACAACCAUAAAUUCUGAGCUGAAUGUUGAUCAAAAAGAUUCUGUCAGAGAUCCUACCAGGCUAUAUGUUAAUAUAACAGCAAAUGAACAUCUUGCCAUAGAACCUGUUAAAAAUGACAUACCUAUCACACCAGUUUCAUCCAAACCAGUAGAGUAUUGCAAUCUAACUAUUGGUUCUAACCCAGAGGUCAACACAUAUGCUAAUCUUAUGAUAGGUGAAAUGGCUGACAAUAUCAAAAAACAUGAUCAUAAUCACAAAUUUUCUGAAUCUGAUAAUUUUAUGUCUAUGUCACCAGUAGAGGAAUUAGAAGUUAACUAUGCUGUUUUAGAUAUUGAUACAAAUAAAGAGACUUUACGAACAGGUAUGCAAGCAGCAAGCCCUGAGAGUCAAUCAAAUAAUAGUUCUAAGAAUAAUAGUUUUGCAUCUUAUUCGUCACAUGCAAGGAGCCGAAUAGUAUCACAAAAUAGUUUAGAUAAAGGUUCAAGUACAAAUGCUGUACCAUCGUUAGCCACGGCUAACAUAGGCUAUACUACUAUAGAUUUUGACAAAACAGUGGCAUUAACUUCAGUUGCGGCAGCAGCUGAUGCAAAUCUUGAUGGUCGUAAAAGCAGACAUAACUCAUGUGUUAUUAUUUCAAAUGCUUGUGAAAGGAAGUAAAGAAAAUUAUAUUCUAGUUGAGUAUAAUAUCAUAAUUAUUUAUUAUACAACUGAGGAGUUACUGAGUAUAAUACAAUAUACUAUAUAAGAGUAUAAGAAUAAUUUGUUUUACCAUGACUUGCACAAAUGCCAAAAAUAAUUUUGACCAAGAAUUUAAGUUACAAAGUAUUUUUAUAAAAUGAGAAAUCCGUAAAAAAGGAGAUCAUAAGUUCUAAGUUAGCAAAAUACUCAUGCAACUUAAUUAUAUCACUAUGUCCAAAGCGUAUUCAUGACCAAAGCUAACCAUUUUGUUGUAAUGUUGUCUAAUGUAGAUAUAUAAUUCAGAUAUAAAUUACUUUAAACUGUCUGUGUAGCGAUGUUAUCAAGCUGGCUGUUUAGCAUGAUAUCAAUUUAGGUACUAUGAAAGUAAGAUUAAACUAAGUAAUACAGCGAUUUGUGACAGGCCUAAAUUGAGGAAAUGUGUGAAGUUUUUUUACAUGAUAUUGUAGAGGUUUAAAUAUAUGUAGUCUUCUUAGAAGGCACAAUUAUUAGGUAAGUAAAUAAUUUUCCUAAAAUUAAGGUUACUGUUUACAUAAGUUGUUUAAAAAUGCCAAAGAAAUGUAUGUAUUCAAUGUAUAUAUAAGUACAAUUGAUAUAGUUAGCUUUUCUCACUGUAUUUAAGCAAGUAAGACCACCAAAAUGAAAACAAAUCUUUAUAAUCAUAAUGUUGCUAUAAGUACUUCAAAGAAACAUCAUUAUAGACGGCUAUUAUUAUUGUUGUGUCAAGUUAAGACCAUUGCCUCAGGAGUUGAAUGAAAUAUUUUUUUGUUUUCAUUUGUACUAUAGAAAACUUGAUAAAAAAAAGUAUGUUUCAUAAACCUAGAUAUUAAUUUAAUUUUUCUAGAAUUUGUACAAAAAUAGCUUGAUUUUAAAAAGGCUAUUAUUUAGUAUAUUUACUAUCAAAGCAUUUAGCCUAUAGGCUCCCAGUAAUCUUGCAAACGUUGAAUCAAUCUCCAGUUUUAUGGUCAAGCGAAUCAUUGAAUUUGUCACUGAUGUUAUAUGUUCGUUUACCUUUUAAUACUGGAGAUUAGGCAAUAACUUCUCUGACACUGUGUUGUUUCAAUAUUGUCAUCCACCAUCAGUAACCUUACACAGUAUAUCGAAUUGGAUUUGUUUAGCCUCAUCCACCAUCUUGAAAGACUCCCCUUGUAACUAUAAAUACAAAGACGCCAUCGACAGUAUCGA